AAUAUUUAGUAUGCUCGCGGGACAUUUCAUUACGGUUUUGCCAUUGUUUCUGGGUAUAAUUGUGUCGCGAUUUUGCUUAUCAGUAAUUCAAUGACAACGCGGUGAUAAAACGAUAAUAAAUAAAUGAUAUACAACCAACACAACGUUCUCUAGCCACGCGGUCAUUUCCAUGCCAGCGACUACAAGACAUUUUCUAAUGGUUUAUUAUUACGUUAUUCAACGUAAGUGGGGAUAAUAUACCAACGGGAAUGUUCCGUAAUAUUGUGUUGAAAUUACAAUUAACUUUCGACGUUCGAAAAGAAAUCAUAACAAUAUGGUGUCGGUAGUUAGUUCCUCGGAAAAAAAUUCGGCACUAAUGUAGUCUUGGUCAGUUUCCGAACUUAACCAAAGAUGAGCGCGAACCUCUUUCCCAUGAUGUCUAAGCCCAAAGAUUCCCGGAUUCCGGUGCCCCUCUCCCCCGCACCUCUUCGCCGCUCCGGAAGCCUGCGACUCCGGGGCGAGAGUCUAGUGCCGAACCACCUUAGUCCGUCCACGAACCAGACUGCCAGGCUUCAGCAGGACAAUAAAAGCGCCCUCCUGAAACGAGGGAACUCCUUCAUGGAGAGGGGAGAGAGGCAUGUCCGACAUGGCGUUUCUGCAGCGGCUGCGAAAUCCCGAAAUAUCGACACGACGGACUCCCUCAACCGCAAAGCCCUUAAAGGGGCAGCGCCUCAGUCGCCCUCUCGAAUAAGGAGUCUGUCCUUGUCGCUGUCCACGACUCGGCUGAGCGCCCCUCGGUCGCCCUCUGCACUGACCUCCUCGCCGAAGACACCGCCGACUUCUCCGGAUGUCAAGAACCGUUCCGGUGCGAAUAUAGACUGGGAUACUGAGAGUAUUACGAGUAUAACUAGUUUAACAAGUGUGGGUUCAUGUGAUCACGCGAGUGUGGCACGGAAUGGCACCACAUUCUCCGGGAGAAGCAUGAAAUACGUUUUCCAUUGUAAUCAACACGCCGGCGCUACCGGGGAAGAUUAUCUAACACCAACACAACGAGUCCAUCGGCAAGUAAAGAAACUUAAGCAUCUUUUGCAACAGGCAAAGAAGGAUCUUGACGAAAAGGAUAGUGAAAUUUUGAAACUAACCAAAGAAGUAGUAGAGUUGCGUCUGUAUAAAGCGGCUCUUAACUCCCCGGAAGAGAAAUCCAAUUCUAGUGAUGCUGUGACUGUGAGGGAAAACACUGAUGAGCAAAUGACACCAGAUGUGGAUACUGUGGAUAAAAGUGUGUUACAAAAUGAGAUGACAAAUUCUUAUACGGAUUCCGGCCAUUUUGAAGACUAUACGAAUUCACCAAUCAGUUCCAAAGACAAUGAACUUUUAACAAGAAGCCCACUAAAACGAAAAGUGGAAGUAGCUGAUAAGGCUAUUAAUGCAGCUUUGGGUGACAACAGCGAACAUACAAAUUUAAUUGUAGAAUACGAGAAGAGACUGCAAGAACUUGUGAAAACCCAUGAGGAGGAAUCUUAUCAAAUGAAACAAAAACACAACGAUAAAGUUGAAGAACUUUUGCAGAGAAUUACCGAAAUUAAUAAACGGUAUUGGGAACUAGUUCCAGAACUAGAUGUAGCUAAAGAUAAAAUUAAAGAACUGGAAAACCAGUUGGAAGAUGCAUGUCACAAACUUUCCCAACAAGAAGAUAAACAAAAGCAAACGUACCUUGAAAUGUAUAACAAAGGUCAGGAGGCGGAGAGGUUAGAGCGUGAACACAGGGUGAUGGAAAUAGCAAGGCAAGGUCCUAGUAGAAUAUCUGUUCCAGAACUAUUAGAAGAACUACAAGUAACAAAAAAUGAAUUGGAAAAUAUCAAGGAUUUAGAGUACGCCUCAACUUCUAACAACUUACAACCUUUACUUAGCGCUAAAGAGGCUCUUUCGUUGUGGGUACUUGGUGCUAGAAAGGCUAUGUAUAGGCAGUUGAUCGAAGCGAAAAACAAGAGCAAAAUUGAUCCAGAAAUUACUCUGCAAUUCCUCAAAUCAGCCAUUUACUAUUUUUUGACUGAUAAAGAAAACAGUCAAGGUCACCUAAAAGCUAUUCAGAGCAUUCUGGGCUUUACUCCCAACGAAAUAACUAGCAUAGAUAAAGCUAGGCUAUCCUAAUUUGAUAAUUUUCAUUUCGUAAAACUUGGUGCCUAAGAUUACGUACUUCUUAUAUUAUAUUAUAAAAUAUGUAUCUGGCACUAUUUUAUUUGGGUGCACAAUUAUUUCUAGUUAUAUGUUGACGCACUUUUAGUAUUAAAAAAUGGUCCGGAGCUUAUAAAUAAGCGAAGAAAAGUGAUAUGUAGGUUAAAGAAUUAUUUUUUCAAACGUAAUUGAGCAAACACCAAAUUGUUAGAGGUGUGGAACCGCUUUAUUAUCGACAUAAUUUUUUUAUGCUAGGUAGGUUCCUCUAAGACCUCAAUGUUUUUGGUGUCGGUGUAGUGUAUCGUGAAAGAUUGCCUUUUUUCUGUGACGUGAGAAAUUAGCGAAACUAAAAUUUUGGUGUUAUUAUUUUUUCAAAUGUUGCAUUAAAUCUGAUAUUAGCGAAUAUACUUAAAUAGAAGCAAUUACUUUACUCAUGGGUCUCUAUUGUUACCAAAUAAUAUUCUAAAGUAAGGACUUCUGAAGGGACUGGUGCAAUUUUGACGUAAUCAAAGCAUGUACCUAAAUGCAUUUAUGCGUCUUUUUUUGUUAUAUAGACCGACUGUUAUAUUUAUGAUUUUAUUUAUUGGUGUUCAAACGUUGACAAAUAAAGUAAAUCAUCUACUUCAUGAAA